AUGUUUCUCGUUGUGUGUUUGACUGUAGUACAGUUGGCCACUGGUCAAUUUCAACCUUUUCCAGGACCUAACGUUAACAAUGGACCAAGAAUUCCGGGACAGAAUUUCCAGCCGUUGCCGGUAGGACCAUUGGAGCCCAUAGGUCAGCCCGCCAACCCACCGGUAUUCCAGAACAAUGGGGUACUUGCAGGAGCUGAUUUGUUUGUGUACGGCACGUGCUACUUUAACGAGUCAGGUUCAAACAUCAGAGGGCGUGUCGACUUUCAACAAGCUAGAACAGGUGGCCCGACGCGCGUGCGUGUGCAGGUGGUAGGCUUGGCGCCGAGCUUGAUGAGCGAUACUGAGCAUGGAAUCCACAUUCACGAGUAUGGCGAUGUUGGACGUGGUUGCUAUGCUACUGGUCCACAUUUCGACUCAGAUACAUUUUCUUUCCACGGUUCACCAAACAACCUCGGAACCGGGAACGCCCACGAGGGUGAUAUGGGGAACCUCCGUCAAUCUAAUGCUGGGGUGAUAGACUCGGAUAUGGUGUUUCCGCUGAUGAACCUCCUUGGGGAUAAUGGCGUCUUAGGCAGGGCUGUUGUGUUACACGAAGGUCGUGACGAUCUCGGAAGAGGGGGGAAUUCAAUGAGUUUACAGACCGGAAAUGCUGGAGCACCGUUGGCUUGUUGUGUCAUUGCUUGGUCAGACUCGACCAAUUGGAGCGAUCCUUUUAUUGCGCGAAACGGAAACAACUUCAACCAAAAUGGAGGUAACCAAAAUUUCCAAAAUGGUGGCUUUCAACAGCAAGGACAACAACAGUUUCAAGGAAAUGGCUUCGCUAACAACAAUUUCGCUGGAUAA